GCCCCGGUUGCCAGCCCGGCGGCGGCGGCGGCGGCGCAGCGCUCCCGCCCCCGGUAACGGCGGCAGCGGCGGCCCCGGCCCGGCCCGGCCCGGCCCGCCAUGGCCAAGCAGUACGACGUGCUGUUCCGGUUGUUGCUGCUGGGGGAUUCGGGGGUGGGCAAGACCUGCCUGCUCUGCCGUUUUACCGACAACCAGUUCCACCCCGCCCACAUCUCCACCAUCGGCGUCGACUUCAAGAUGAAGACCAUCGAAGUGGAUGGCAUUAAGGUGCGGAUACAGAUCUGGGACACGGCAGGCCAGGAGCGGUACCAGACCAUCACCAAGCAGUAUUACCGGCGGGCACAGGGCAUCUUCCUGGUGUACGACAUCGGCAGCGAGCGCUCCUACCAGCACAUCGUGAAGUGGGCGAGCGACGUGGAUGAGUACGCGCCAGACGGCGUCCAGAAAAUCCUCAUCGGGAACAAAGCGGACGAGGAGCACAAGAGGCAAGUGGCCAAAGAGCAAGGGCUGCAGCUGGCCAGGGAGUACGGGAUGGAUUUCUACGAGACCAGCUGCAGCAACCUCAACAUCAAGGAGUCCUUCACGCGGCUGACGGAGCUGGUGCUGCAGGCCCACCGCAAGGAGCUGGAGGGGCUGCGGGCCCCCCCCGCGCCCCCGCCUUGGCCCACCUGGAGGAGGACGAGCAAGCAGCAGCCCCUGGGGAGCGAGGACAGCCCCAAAGGCUGCUGGUGUUGAAGCCUGGACCCCCCCGACCCCCCCCCACACCCCCCCCCCCAGGCUGUGUUGGUGGGGGGGCAC